CCCAGUAGUUGAGAGGCUGGAAUAAACAAUGGCAUCAUACGUUUUGAAGAUAAUAUCGAUGACUCUUGGGAUCUUCUUCAUCUUUAUAGGCACAUUGAAGCUUACCCCCUCUGUCAACAAAGAAUUGCACAAGGAAAUGAGGAAAAUGUACAUAAGAAAUGCCAAAGUUUUCCCUCUUGUAACAUGGACUAAGUGGAAACCAAACUCACACAUGUAUAGGAAAGUGAUUGGUGGAUCUGAGGUGGUGUGUGGUGCUAUUUUAGCUUUUAUACCAGGUCCCCUGAAAGAGGCAGCCAAUGUACUGAUGAUACUGAUAGCCAGCCUGGAUAUAUACUCCCACUAUGCCCUGGACGAAGGCCUCGAUAAGAUGAGUCUAUCUGUGGUCUUCUUCCUCCUCCUCAUGUGUCGUCUCAUUAUCCAUCUCCAGAUGAAGGCUCGGGAGGACGAAGAAGCUGCUCAACGUGCUCAAGCCUACGAACGAGAACAAGCUCCACCUACGUGUCAAGGACACACCCAUAAUGUUCACCCAAAUGCUGGGGCUGGAUUUUCUGCUGUUGACAAAAAGAAUCAGUAGUAGAGGCCAAGUAUAAAGAUGGUAACUGAUAGAGAGAGAGUCAAGGGGAAUAACAAAGUUAAAAAUGAUGGAUAGUCUUUCAAGGACAGUAACUCUGUGUGGGAGCAACAGAAUCUACAAGGAAGAAAGAAAUAGCGUAAUUUAUUUUGAAUACCUGAUGUGAGGUAUUUGAGAUAACUGGAGACAUUUUGAGAUUUUUACGCGAGUGGUUUUGGUCAUUUUGAAAUCCAUUUGAUUGUUGUUUGACUUUGUAAGUGUACUAUGAUGUAUGUCCCAUUAUUUUUUUUUUUUAAAUUUUUAUUUUAAUAAGCUUUUGAGUAGUUUUACAAAAAGACUCUCUUGGGCAUUAAUGCAAUUAUUUGAUCUCUUUUUUUUCUUUAUCAAGUAUAUUUGCAGUCACUGUAUUUACAGUUUUCAUAAAACUGUAUUUCAUUCUGGUGCAUGAAUGUGAGGUUUUGUCACAAUCAAAAAUUCAAAAAUACAUACAUGUCUUAUUUCAAACAAUCUUGUUAUUUUGCUAGAUAAAACAGACAAAAUGGUAAUGUUUAAACAUUCUCUUAUAAGUUCCAGAAUCAGUAAUCAUAGUAACAUUACAAGGUUUUGUACAGCCCAGCAUCAUUUUUUAAGCACUUCCCAGCUUAUCUAAGGCAAUUUUUCAAGCACUUUUGGACAAUACAAUUAUACAAGCAAAAGCAUGCUUAAUGAUUAAACAUUCAUGCUUAACAUGCAAUUUUAAGCACUCUUCAAGGACUGGAUCAAAAUUCAAGCACUUUCCAUGGUCUGUGUGAACCCUGCAUUAUAAAUAUAAUUUGCCCAAACAUGUACUUGUUUGGGGCUUAUUUUCUUAAGGCAACAUGAUGUUAUUCACUUGGUUGCCUCUGAAGAUGAAAUUUUUAACUCCAAAUAUUGUUCAACAUGAUGCAAGGAAUGGUUUGGUUAAAUUUUAUGUUAUAUUAGAAUUUACCAAAGUUUGCUGAAGACAGAUUUUUUUUCUCUUAUAGUUCAUCAUAAACGUAACCCUUGAAGCACCCCUGAACCCACUACUUCUGAUCUGGAACACAGUCCCCUCAUCUUUUUUAUCUGCAUCUCCACAUUUAAGAAACUGAAGAUUUACGUUUUUAAAAUGUUUCAGCAAGAGUUUCAUGAGUCCAUUGAUCAACACAUACAUGUAUUUCAGUUGAUUACCUGGAUAUUCAGUUCUGCAAUAUCAUUCAGGUUGUGAAGACAAAUUCAAAGUAAAACGUAUGUACAUGAAAUUUCUCUCUUUAUUGCUUGGUGCACAAUUUCAGCUUGUUACAAUGAUUACUAUGGAGUUGAAUUCAUUUUAU